UUCAGAUUGUGCAUACGCAGUCAGGAAGGACGGUACCACUGUACCUGCAGGUUCAGGGGCAAAACUUUUUCUCCUGGCAGAUUUAGCCAAAAUAUAUAGAAAGCUAUUGUCAACUUGAGCGUCGGGGGCAUUUCUGGCCAUGUGAACUUCAUGUGGGGCUGCCUGUUGCGUCCGAGUGACGGAGAGAAGUCGACAGGACCCUGGGCAGACUGUCACAAACACCUGUUUCUGCCGACACUCCCCUGUCCAGGGGUGACCUCCUUGGAUGCUCUUUUGACAACAAUGGGUUAGGUCGUCUUUGUAAUGGCCCCUGGACUAGAAAGUCAACGACAGGAUGACCAGGGCGCCCGUAGAAUGAUUGAUGAACUUCAAGAAAAGAAGCUGUACAAUGCCACUUUUGUCUAUGAUGACAAAGACUUGCCAUGGGUAAAGUGUGCAGCACAGUAUCUGGAGGAGAACUAUGAAAAAAGUGUAUAUUACCGGGGUCGUGAUGCAACUCCAGGUCACCCAAUCACAGACAACAGCAUUAACAGCAUCACAAACACCGAGGUGAUCAUUGUGGCCAUUUCAAAAGCCUUCCUGAACAAUUUCUGGGCAAAGAAAGAGGAGGACUGGGCACUCCUGGACUCAGUGAAGACAGAUGGUUGCAAGCUUCUACCUGUACUGUUGGAGGAUUGUGACAUUCCAAAAGAGUUGUCUGACCUAGAGGCCUUAAACCUGACAUCUAUGGAGAAAUGUGAAGAGGAGCAUUUGGAACAGCUGGGAAAGGGUUUGCACAAGCUGCUGGCAAAUGGCCAGAUAUGUCAGAGGGCAAAGUCAAUGCUUUACCCAGACAGAUACUUGAAUGGACCAGAGCUGUACCACAAUGGUACCUUGGUUGGCAACAACACAACCACCACUGGUGACAAUGAAAGCAUUGACCAAGAAUCAUCAGUCAUGCCUUAUGACCUGCAGUGUCUGCUGACUUUGCUGAAUAUUCUAGCAUGCAAGCUGGUGGCUAUGAGUAUCAACAGUAUCAACAUCCUGGACUCCUGCGUCAAAGGAAUCCCAGAAUGCUUCAUGAAGCUCAAAGAAGUAACUCAAGGUUUUGUGACAACUUUGCUUGAAGUGCUCUCAGGAGCCUUGCAUGCUGUGAAAGAGACCAUGCAAGCCUCUGUAAGGACUAUUCUCAUGAGUCUCAAAAGGGUGCUGAUGAGUAUGUUGCCAGCAUUCUUACAGGACAUAGUCAGCACUCUAGCUAGUGGACUUAGGUUCACUGGAGAUGGAAGCUUCACAACCUUUGCUGCCACCUGGAUAUAUAACGUAUCAGUGUUUCAUUUUGCUAUCCUUCUUGCAAAUGGCCUGUUGUGGCAAGUGGGUGGAUAUAAUGUCCUUCAGGCAAGGCUUUUGGAUGUUGUACCCUUGCUUCCACCACUUAUCAAAGGCUAUUUCUGUAUGCUGCAUAUGCCAGAGUACAGACAGACAAUCAAGGCUAUGUAUGGGUGCAAAACAUUGACUCUGAAGUCAAUGAAAGACACACUUGUCCAGGCUAAUGUUGAGUACCGUGAAGUACAGAUUUGUUUGCUUGUAACCUUUGCCAUAGAAUUUGUCAUGCUAAGUGGAAUACUGGGUUCUAUGCAGAUAUCUAGUCUUCUUUUCCCUAUUACUCGUCUAACAUCUCUGCUUUUGCUAACCCUGCAUUUUGCCUUCCUUUCAUGUGCUAUCAUCUUCUACUACCAUGAUGACACAGUUCACAGUCUGAUAUCAAAAAGACGGUUUUUCUUUCCAGACAUCAUGAAAAGAGAAGGUUUUGAUAAACAGGAAAAACGACUUUUGUCCAUGAUUGAUGAAUUGAAUAAGCAAAGAAAACAUAAGCCAGAUAGGAAGCAUUUGAUGACAGGUGGAAAACAAACACCUAAAAAGUAUAAAAGGCACCCCAAACCUGUGUAAAUUAAAAUAAUGUCAAUACAUUGUAUUUUGUUCUAAUCUCUUGAUUCUUGCCAUGUAUAUAUAUGUCAGUUGCAAUAUUGGUCCAUAAGUUGUCAGCUUCUGGCUUAACACUUCUACACCUUCAUUCCAAGGGCAAAGCACUUCACCUUCAAUUUUGAUUGUCAAUGGUCUUUUCAUGAUUUGGCCCUAUCUCUGAUCAUGUUCUUGGCUGCCAUGGGUCUUUCAAAUGUGCAAAAUGCU